AGAAGGCAAUGGCGUCGGGCCUCUAGGAUCGAUCGGUAUUCUAUAAAAUCUUCAAACCUUCUUCCUUCACUCAUUCCGCUUGCUUGUUGGCUCACUCACGUCUCUUCUUCCAAUGGCGGCUACCGUUCUGAACAUGGCUUUCAACCAAUGCUCCCGCCGCGUGCAGCCUCUUCGACGCGCCUACUUUUCCGGCUGUGGCGGAAUCGCGGCGGCGGCGGCGGCCGCCAGAAGUGCCUGUACUCGUAGCCCAAAUUUCUCGGGACGUAUUUGUAGUAGCUAUCGGGAAAUCAGUACGGAAAUAUUCGAACCCGCUCAAUCGGGUCGGGCCUCUGGGUCGGAUUUGCACACCUUCGAUGUGGUGGUUGUCGGGGCUGGAAUAAUUGGGUUAACCAUCGCCCGCCAAUUCCUACUCGGUUCAAAUCUCUCCGUCGCCCUCGUCGACGCUGCCGUUCCCUGCGCCGGCGCCACUGGUGCAGGUCAGGGUUACAUAUGGCGGGUUAACAAAUCGCCGGGAAGCCAUAAAUGGGAGCUGGCGGUUAGAAGCCAUGGAUUGUGGGAAGCUCUGGCUGAAAGCGUCCGGAACGAAGGUUUGGAUCCACUUCAGACGCUUGGGUGGAAGAAAACUGGAAGCUUGUUGGUUGGUAAAACUUCAGAGGAUUGUGCUGAUUUGAAGAAGUCGGUAGAUAAGCUAGUAGAUUUCGGUGUGAGUGCAGUUUAUUUAAAUCGUGAUGAUUUGCUAGCCGAAGAACCUGCUCUUAAGCUUGGAGAUGCACACGGCGCUGCUUUUGUCCCCGGUGACUUUCAAAUAGAUGCAAAGCGCACUGUUGCAUAUAUAGAGAAGGGUAACAGGAAAUUCGCAGCAGAAGGGAGAUAUGUUGAGUUCUAUUAUGAACCAGUUACCAGUUUAUUAAGGGACGAGAGCAGCGGAGAAGUUGUGGCUGUUCAAACGAAGAAGAAUAUGAUUCGUGGUAAGAAAGCUGUGAUCAUUGCAACCGGCUGUUGGACGGGUUCUGUCAUGGAUCAGCUUCUAAAGGAUUCUGAAAUCGAUUUGGAUUUCCCAGUAAAGCCGAGAAAGGGUCAUCUUCUUGUUCUCGACAACGACAACACAGUCGAGCUUAACCACGCCCUAAUGGAAUCGGGAUAUCUCAACCAUGCAUCUGCAGCCGGGGUCUCUGCUGCUUCCGAUUCGGAUGCUACAUCUAUUUCAAUGACGGCUACUUUGGACCCGAUGGGAAGGCUUGUUCUUGGAAGCAGCCGGCAGCUUGUCGGGUUCGAUACUGAGGUUGAUGAAACUAUCGUUCAACGUAUCUGGGAUCGAGCAGGCGAUUUUUUCCCUGCACUUAAGGAAGUUUCGCUUCAAGAUAUGAUCGACAAUAGGAAAGUGAGAGUUGGACUGAGACCUUACAUGCCUGGUGGAGCUCCGAAGAUCGGGCCGGUGCCUGGAUUUCCGAAGAUGUUCGUCGUUGCCGGACAUGAAGGCGAAGGGCUGACAUUGGCUUUGGGGUCGGCAGAGAUGAUUUUCGACAUGACGCUCGGAAAUACUCCAAGAGUAGAUGCCGAGCCCUUUUCGAUGUAGGUCGAUUCGAUGAUCUUCUUCUUCGACCGAUGGCGGAGCAUGUCGGAUUACUAGGUCUUUGCCGGAGCUCCGGCAAUGGCUAAAUUUGGGAACGAAGAUAUUGAAAACUUGCAAUUCAAAAAUUGCAAUUUCUUAUCUAGACUUUUGGAUUUGGAUUUAGAUUUUGAUGGUAUUGAAUUUAUCCUAAGAUUGCGUUCAGCAAUGUUGAACGCUAGCUAUAAUAAGUUCGAAUAUUGGUUUCAUUAAAAAUUUAUUGAAUGGUGCGCGUGAAUUAUGUAUUGUAUAAAUUUUUAUGGUUGAUUUGUUUAGUGUUUA